AACCCGGGCGAGCGCACCGGUGUUUCUGGUCGAGCCGGUCGCGCGGCACACCGGCGCGCCCCCUCGCCGGCAUGGAGGAGCGUGCCGAUUCCCAGCCUUCUUCUGGCUGCAGCGGCCUGGACGCGGGCAGCGUUCACGGUAGCGGCAGCGCUCACUCAUGGGCCCCCGAAGACGCCUGGAUGGGCACCCACCCUAAGUAUUUAGAAAUGAUGGAAUUACACAUAGGAGAUGCAACCCAAGUGUAUAUAGCAUUCUUGGUUUACUUGGACCUCAUGGAGAGUAAAAGUUGGCAUGAAGUAAACUGUGUGGGAUUACCAGAACUCCAGCUCAUCUGCCUAGUUGGUACCGAGGUAGAAGGUGAAGGGUUACAGACUGUGGUGCCCACGUCCAUCUCUGCUUCCUUCAGCCAUAACAGGAUAAGAGAGAUCUUGAAGGCAUCUCGAAAAUUGCAAGGUGAUCCAGAUUUGCCAAUGUCUUUCACUUUGGCCAUAGUGGAGUCCGAUUCUACAAUAGUCUAUUACAAACUUACAGAUGGAUUUGUGCUGCCAGACCCUCAGAAUAUUUCCCUUCGAAGAUGACAUCUACACCUCUUGGUGCUUAUUUUAUUUAUAAGAGAUUGGAUUUGAGACCUAUCAGCCUGCCUCAUCUUUCAUCUCAGAGACGGACUCAGGUUUUAUCGGAGGGUUGAGUUAAUUGGUCCCAUUCUAUAAUUUUUAUGUCUGAAAGAUGAAAUUUUCCUAGAUACAAGAACCUGUAUUACUCAAAACAUAGAGCAGUUAAGGAAUUUUCUAACAGAGACAGUUUAAGUACAGUACUUAGGUUCAGUGGCAGUUUUGUUCAGAGAGGUGGAACACGUUGCGUCUCCUGUCAUGCCGUGCUCAGCUGUCGGUGCUGGUGCUCUGCUGUCCCCUGCCUUUCGCACUGUGGCUGUUUUGGGUGGCACUUGAGCUGCACCUUGACAUCACAGAGUUUACUUCCGCCUGUGUUUUCCUUCUUCACAGAAAGUAAGAUUUCUUUUAGUUGGUUUGUUUUCUUGCUGUACUUUAUUGCUACUGUACUACCUUGUUUGAUUGAUUUUAAAUCAAAACUGAAAAUAUGCUCCUAAAGGGUGUUACUUUACGUACCCACAUUAAUAGGGACCAGAGAUACGCUUCCUACAAGAGUACUGGUCCUCUUUUCCAUUCCUUCCAGCUGUCAUAUCAUAGCCAAAAGAUUUUAAGAGCAAGGAAGGGACAGCAUCAGUCCUAAAAAUAUCUUUAGUAAUUAGAUCCAGUUAUUCUACUUUUAUAAAUUGUACAUAUAAAAUAUGUACAAUUUUUCAUAUAAAAUAUGAAAAUUAUAUACACAAAGAUUUCCCAAGUGAUAUCACUUUUAAUAGCCCAAAUUAUAGGUUACUUAAAAAUUUCAUGCAGGAGUCAGCAUACUUUCGGUAAAAGGCCAGAAGGUGAAUGUUUUAGGCAUUUUAUAAUACAGUCUUUCAUAACUGCUCAAUACUGCUGUUUGAAGCAUGAAAACAACCAUAGACAAAUGGGUAUGGCUGUGUUCCAAUAAAACUUUAUUUACAAAUUUGAGGCCACAAUUUGCUGUCCUCUAGUUUAGGUAAAUAGUCAAUGAUAAGAUAUCUAUGAAAUUUUAUGUUCUCAUUAAAAAUUAGUAAUGAAUAUGAUGAAAAACAUGAGAAAAUGUUAAAAAUAGCAAGAUACAAAACUGAAUGCAUGUAAUCAUGAUUUCACAUGUGAUUAUAUCAUAAUGACAUAAAUGACACAUCAAACAAUGCAAAGAUGCUAAAGUAAAUAAAAUUAUUAACUGGUUAUAGUAGGCUCGGAGGGCAGUAAAGAAAUGAUUUUGUCUUUCAGUGUUUCACUUUUUAUUUGUAUUCCUUUUGUAAUAAAAAUAUUUCAAAACAAAAA